CCGCUCAUACUGCGGUCAUUACGGUAAUCGUUGCGCUCGUGCUGGAUUGUCGUUAACUGUGGAGCUGCGAUGUAAAAGAUUCCUGUGAGGAUUUUGCUUUAUUUCUGUCCUUAAAGUCGCAGGUAGCUGCAGAUCAAAGCCGACGUCUUCGUCCUCACUCCGUACGCUGCACCUGAACACUUCACCUGAAUCAGCACAUACAGCCGAGCGGAGCGUCCAGCUCUUCGUCUACCUCUUCCUCCUCUUCCUCUCCACCAUGUCCUCUAAGAAUCAUCCUCCGCUGAUGAAGAAGCACAGUCAGACCGAUUUAGUGAGCCGCCUCAAGACUCGGAAAAUCCUGGGUGUUGGAGGAGAGGAUGAUGAUGGAGAAGUUCACAGAUCAAAGAUCAGUCAGAUGUUGGGUAACGAAAUUAAGUUUGCUGUACGAGAACCCAUCGGCCUCCGACUCUGGAUCUUCGUCUCGGCCAUUCUGUUCACAGCUACGGCUUUAGCGGCCCUGGCUUUCCCCAGCCAACUCUACCAGAUGGUCUUUGAGCUCAGCACCACCAGGAUCUCCAUCAGACUCUACGGAGGAGCUCUUCUGAGUAUCUCGUUAAUCCUGUGGAACGGCCUCUACACGGCAGAGAAGGUCAUCAUCCAGUGGACUCUACUCACUGAAGCCUGUUACCUGGGUGUUCAGUUCCUCGUGACGUCGGUCUCGCUCCUGGAAAUGGGAACGCUGUCCAACGGAGCUGCUCUGCUCCUCCUCAGCGACGCCGUCUUCCUCAUCAUCACCCUGUCUUACUACGGUCAGAUCAGCCGUCGGUCCAAGAAGAUCUGAGACGCACCUGAGACUCGUCUGUGCGUGCGUGCGCGUGUGUGUGUGUGUGUGUGUGUGUGUGUGUGUGUGUGUGUGUGUGUGUGUGUGUGUGUGUGUGUGAAUACCGAAUGCACAUUACAGGGUUGAUCUGUCUUGACGUGUUUACAAGAUCAGUGACUCUGGUCAUGUUGGUUUAUUUUAUAAUUACACGGAUCAUUAACCCUGAUGUUUUUUGCAUCUACGUGAACCUCAGACUGGAGUCUAAACUAAGCUUCGGAAGGUGUAGAACUUUAUAUCUAUAAAAUAAAAAUAUCGUUAUACUACAUUACACACAGGAACGUAUCAGUAUAGAACGAUGACACAAUCUUCUUUUUUUUUUCUCCAUCUUGUAUGAAGUCAGCCGAGGUUUUCUUAUUCAGUCGUCAGAUGUGACGACCGUUUUAUUUACAGUGAAUUAUGAAUAAAAAUAGUUCUAGAUGAGGUAACCGUCUUAGAAAUUGUGUGUGAGUUUUUUUUCUUCUUCUUCUUCUUUUUUUUCUUUGCUCUGAAGAGGUUCUCCGGUCCCUCGGCUCCGAGCAAGAUCCGUUUUUAGGAUUAGCUCUUAGACGCUAGACUGCUGGCCUACUUCUGCUUCUGGUUCUGCUUCAUGCAGCUGUACGACCCAAGAAUUCAGCAUAUAACGCAGCGAUGCAUCGCUACCUCACGUCAGUCGAUGAUCCGAGACUCCCGACGAUCCGAACGAUCCGAGAGUCCUGAUUUCACGUAGAUGCAAAAUUCACGUAGUGACAAAAAACGAGUUGCGUCCAAAUUCGAUUACCGGCCUUCUGAGGUUCGCUCGUUGCGUCCAACGCAACUCGGACUCCCGUUCGUCUGUCAGAGUUUCGUUAUGAAACCAGAGUUUCGUUAUGAAACACUUCGAUCGUCCCGUAAAAUCUGCAACCUUUCCAUUUUAUUGAAAACUAAUGCCGUUAGUUGGCAGAGGACUAAAAGUGUGAGCCACAACACACACUCUUAGCUAAAUUAUAUCCAAUUCAGCGAAAAUUGGCCAAAACUUACAGGAACUUUAAAAAAAAAAAAAAGUGUCAGCUUCCUGACUGACUUUAAAUAAAACAGAUGUAACCAAGUAUUAGGGAAUUAUUUUUUUUUUCUUUUUUUCUUUUUAAUCUUCUGAGACUGAAACAAAUCUAAGCUUUACAUUGUGCAGACCGAUCCUUUAUCACUUCCUUUUUUUCUGUUAUUUUUUUAAUAAAUUGCAUAACGCUGUUCCGCGUGCUCAGUCGAUUAAGGCCGUUUUUACACUUGGCUGUUUUUAUUCUUAGCCCUCAGCACAUGUUAGUCAUGUUCUCUCAGCUGCUUUUGGAAGACGCUGAUGACGCUGAGGUUUUUUUUUUUCUUGUUUUUUUUUGGGUCACAGUAGAGCUUCCACGUGUCAGGACCAAGUCAGGACCUUCUGACCAGUCAGGAGAUGAUAUGAGGAGAAGCAGCUACAGCCAAGACAAACAACCUCCUCAUCUCUAGAGUUCCUCCAAUCCUUAUUUCAUCUAUUUACAGACAAUGAUCAAUCUGAUCUACAGAGCGAGUCCAAGUGUGAAAGCAGCCUCGGAGAGGUUUCGCUUCGUGAGACGAUUAGACACGACAUUCGGUUUACUGUAGCUCUUCUGUCAGGACCAAAACGAAAUCCGAUGCGUGUAGCAGCUGGUCUCUCAGGACGCUUUCAGUUUCAUCUUGUGAUGGCGUUCAGAUUACGGAGCCACGGGUUUGGGAGUGCAGGGGAAUUUCCUGCUCAGGGCUUUUUGAGGUGUUUUCCUCAUCAUGAUCUCAUUUGAUAAUAUUUGUGAGGAGAAAAAAAAAAACAUUUUAGAGAGUUAUUUUUGAAUAGUUUGCUUCGCUAAGGGGUUUGUAUAUAGUAGUUUAAACUCUGUACUUUUUGUUAUCCAGUGUGUAGACUCGAGACCUGCUAGCCUUCGCACACAAGGGCGCUAUCUGCCCUCUUCAGCAUACACGAACUCACGCGAUCAGUCGGCGUCUGUCUGAUUGAAAGGAGAGACCGGCGAGAGUAGAUUACACGUUACAGAUUGCGACUGAAGAACACACCGUAGGUGUUUCAGACUCUCCGAUAUUAACUGACUCUACAAGCCCCGCCCACUUCCACUAUCAUCUUACCUUUGACGGUACACGGAGAAUAUUUAGAAUCCGUUAACGUGAAAUAGAUCCCAUUCAUCCGCCGGUGUGGAACGGAUCACAUCGAUCAUCAUGGCGACCGUUCUAGAUUUAAAGAUGGCGGUCGGUUCUCCAAAACGUUCAGACUACGUCACUUCCGCGCAGUUACGCGUAGUUUUAAAGCACGAGCUCGGAGCGGCGUUCAGACCCAGAGCGAAGGUUCUGAAUCGUCCAGUGAAAACACUCUCUACCUUCUUUAUUUUAUCUCUACUCAUUAACGAGUGUUUAGUGAUUAACGUAGAGCACGGAUCAGUAUAGAGCUGUUUGUCCGUUCGUUUUUUUGGUUGAUGUAAACAUAUAAAACACUUGUCCUUCGUAGUCGUAGUGUAGCAGUACAAAUGUAGCACUAACAAAUUUAUCCUAUUCUAUUAACUCACCGAAUAACGGAAAGAAAAACGUUUAACAUCUUUGUCGUUCAUGCCGUCGAAUAAAAUCCUCAUCAACACUUUCUCUAAUUCUUACCGCCGUCAUUCUUGUUGCAUCAGUGUUAAUAUCAUUUCUGUACGAAAACCCACUGCUCGUGUAGAACUGAGCGUUUGUUCGGUUUUUUUUGACUAGAAAUAUAAAAUUAAAAGGGUUAUAUUUGUUAUAUGGUGAAUAAACGUUCCACUCUUUUUUCAGAUUAAUCGGUUCUCGUUAGUCACGAAUAUCAGAACGGAGUUUAGGAAGAAAAAAGCUUCGGUUUAUACACUGAUUUCUAGCGAACGCGUCUUUAUCUCCACAGCCACGCUCACCGAAUGCACUUCUGUUUCUUAUUUAGGUGUCACAAGAAAAGAGGUUAAAUCUUAUAACUAUAACCGCGUAUAAAUAACGUCGACUUUAAUCCGAUAACCCGGAGGUGUUUCAUUGUGUUUCAGAUCUUUAUCUGUGUGUGAAUCAACAGCUCGGUUAAAUUAGCGUGAUGGUACAGUAGAUAUUAGCAUUUCUGUUCUUCGAUUGAAACGUUUCCUGCGAUCAUGACGUCAAACACGUCCCUGGAAUCGAUUUGUCUCAAUGUGUUUGCUGAUCUUUAAUAACCAAAAUUUUCACCAUGACUUUAUUUAUUUUAUUAUUUUUUUUUUGUUUGGAACCAGAUUUCUGGGUUGUUGUGUGUUGAGUUUGCGUUGUACAGUCGCACAGCUUUCACAAAAACGACACGGCCGUCACCGGACUCCUUCACUCCCGACUGCGUUGUGUGUUUCGUUUCCAAAAAAAAAAUACAAAACUCUGUACAUACGAGCAUAAAUAUUAGAAUUGUGUAUAUACUUUUGUAGCAAGAAUGUGAAGUGCUUCAGAAAUAAACCUACAGUUUCCCAAAUGCC